GGUCAACAUUUACGAAUGUGUCUAUAGAAAAAGUGGCAUGCCUUUGAAAGGGUUGGGUCAACAUUUAGCCGAGCCAAGGAAGACUAAAAGUCAGGCCCUAAAACCCUCCGGUUCGGUGUGUAUAGUUUUCUUAAUCGACAUAAACCCUUCCAAGCUCGAGGUAAUUCCAGCAGCACGGCACGGCAUUUAGAGAGAGAAACAGAGAUCUGAACAAUUCUCUCAUUUAUUUAAUAUCAUACCAUGAGAAGAGCUUCGACUCUCGCUUCCUCCGCUUUUUCCCGAGCUCUCCUCCCAUGGCACGACGGUUGUGCGGCCGUCCAACACAGGCUCAUCCAGGCGGCGUUGUACGGAACCGCCUCUUCUUCCUCCCGGAGGCAGUGGUUCUCGAAGACCGGCAGCUCGGCCAAACACGCGUCUCUCGGACUCGCCGGAGCUCUUGUCUCCCUCGCUGGAGCCACCUCAUUCUUCCAGGAGGCGUACGCCAAAGAGCCUCCCUCCCCAGAGCUCAUCCCCAAGGAAGUUGUUCUCUAUCAGUAUGAAGCUUGCCCUUUCUGUAACAAGGUUAAAGCAUUUUUGGACUAUUAUGAUAUACCGUACAAAGUUGUGGAGGUCAACCCAAUUAGUAAAAAGGAAAUCAAAUGGUCUGAUUACAAGAAGGUGCCAAUAUUGAUGGUUGAUGGUGAGCAGCUGGUCGAUUCAUCAGCUAUUAUUGAUAAGUUGGGCGGCAGGAUUCAUCCUCAGAAAUCUAUUGAUUCAGUCCCAGAUGAUAAUGAAGAGAAAAAGUGGCGCCAGUGGGUUGAUAAUCAUUUGGUGCAUAUGUUAUCACCAAACAUCUACCGAAAUACUUCUGAGGCCCUGGAAUCCUUUGAUUAUAUCACCAGCAACGGUAAUUUCGGCUUCACAGAAAAACUUACAGUGAAAUAUGCUGGGGCUGCAGCUAUGUAUUUUGUUUCAAAGAACUUGAAGAAGAAAUACAACAUUACUGAUGAACGUGCAGCCUUGUAUGAAGCUGCAGAAACCUGGGUGGAUGCACUAAAUGGGCGGGAGUUUCUUGGGGGCUCUAAGCCUAACUUAGCUGACCUUGCUGUUUUUGGGGUGUUAAGACCUAUCCGUUAUCUGCGAUCCGGCAAAGAUAUGGUGGAGCACACCCGCAUUGGUGAAUGGUACACAAGAAUGGAGAGUUCUGUGGGGGAGCCUUCAAGGAUGAAGGCCUAGUAGACUGGUAUACUCUGCUUGAUAUUGAACUUGAAGGUUGUCACCAUCCAAAGUAUUUCUUUUUAAAAAAAGGAGGAGAAAAUGGAAACUGUUCUGUUCUUUUGAUCCUUGAAGAUAUUGUUGCAUCAAAUGGAUGAUUAUAAAUUUUAUUAUGCAUAAUAUUGCUUUUGCAAAACAUUGUUUCUCGAUCAAAUUGUGAUUACAAUUAUAGGUAGAAAUUUUUGAGCAAAAAUUGAUGAAUAAAGAAAUUUCAGAUGCAAGUUUUGAUAUGUCAGGAGGAUCUGUAUUGUCAUUGUGUUGGAGUUAUUAAUAUUGAAAAAAAACUUCAGACAACUUCUGAAAGGUUGAUUUUCUGGAA